AUGACAAUUACCUGUCAUUUCCUCACAGAAACGUGGGAGCUCAAGUCUUUGGUGUUAGAAACAUUACUUUUCGAACUAAGCCACGCUGCAGAAAAUAUCGCAAAUUCACUGAGAAACGCUGCAAAGAAAUGGAACAUUUCAGAAAAUAUCAUUGCCAUAGUAACAGACAAUGCGUCAAAUGUGGUGGCAGCUGUAAAAAUUCUUGGUUGGAACCAUGUUCCCUGCUUUGCGCACACGCUUAACCUUGUCGUAUCUGAAGCAAUAAAAUCAGAUGAGUGUGUGAGUGAGAUUAAGAAAAUGUGCAAGCAGAUUGUAACAUUUUUUCACCAAAGUGUCAAAGCUACAGAGAAAUUAAAGGAGGUGCAAAAUAAACUAAACCUCCCGGAACACAAACUAAUACAAGAGGUGGACACAAAGUGGAACUCAACCUUUUUUAUGUUUAGUUGCAUUUUUGAGCAGCAUGAUGCUAUAACUACUGCUCCAUGUCUAUCAGGUCGCAAUGAUUUGUUCCUUGCAGUCGACGAUUUCCAGUUACUGAAAGCUUCAUUGUCAGUUUUGCAACUAUUUGAAACAGCAACGCGAGAGAUCUCAGCUGACAAAUAUUUAUCUAUCUCAAGAGCAAUACCUCUCACAAGAUCACUAUUUACAGCAAUAGAGCGUGCCCAUCUUCUUGCAAUCUCAACGAUCUUGGAUCCAAGAUUAAAGAAGUUUGCCUUUUCUAAUCGUGAAGCUUCUCGACAAGCAGAACAGUGGGUAUUUCAGGAGGCUAGAGCUUUUAUUCUACCACAGUUGAAUACCAAGAGGCUGGCAGAGGAUGAAGGGGAUGAACCUGAGAAAGUUAGUAAAUCCCCUGGUUUGUGA